GCUGAAGCACAAGUGGUACAAAAAUGGAAAGAGUAUUCUCCGUCGAAGAAAUCUCCGGCGAGUUGUGGCCGGCGGCGUCGGACAAGGAGACGGAGGACAUGGUCUCCGGAGAUGCCGAUGGAACGGCGAAGAUGAACCGUAGCGCCUCCGAAUGGGCAUUCCAGCGAUUCAUCCGAGAAUCCUCCUCCUCCUCCGCUGCCGCCACCGACGGUGGCACCGGAGAAGGUUUGGGGCCGAACGGUAUCUCCGCCGCAGGAUCUCCUUCUCCAGGUGUUCUGGUUGAUUCUGAGGAGUAUCGGGCUUACCUGAAGAGCAAGCUCAAUCUAGCUUGCGCUGCCGUAGCCAUGAAAAGGGCAUCUUUCACAAAACCUCAGGAAAUGGCCGGUGGAGCUGACAGUGGAGCACAACAGGCAUAUCCAGCAAGUUCCAAAGUUGGGAGACGCUUUCUUGUUGCAGCAAUGCCAAAGAAACCUUGCGCUCCUGUCAAGUCUAUAACAAGCGGAUCUGAAAUCUCUGGUGAUGAAGAAGCUGAUGCUGAAGCUGAAACAACUGGAAAUACGGCCCCUCUCGAUGUUAAGCGUGUGAGAAGGAUGCUUUCGAACAGGGAAUCUGCUAGACGAUCCAGGGGAAGAAAGCAAGCACACUUGACAGAGCUAGAGACACAAGUCUCUCAGCUGCGUGUUGAGAAUUCUACUCUCUUGAAGAGUCUCACCGAUGUAUCCCAGACGUGUAAUGACGCAGCUGUAGAGAACAGGGUUCUGAAAGCCAAUAUCGAAACGUUACGAGCAAAGGUGAAAAUGGCUGAGGAGACAGUGAAGAGAAUCACAGGCUUAAACCCCAUAUUACCAGAUGUUUCCGCUCUAUCCGUUCCUUCCUUCCACGGCAGUCCCUCCGAGACGUCCGCGGACGGAGCCGUUCCCGUGCAAGACGACCUCAAGAAUCACAUUUUCCGGCCUUCUCCUAACAGUUCUCUUGUCGCGGAUAACAACGUGGCCGAGGUUUCUUCGGCCACAAGCAAGGCCUUGACGGGGUGCAAGACCGGAAGAACGGCUUCACUGCACAGAGUUGCCAGUUUGGAGCAUCUGCAGAAACGCAUUCGCAGCGCUGGCGAGCCCUAGCCAUUUGCAGAAAAAUCGAAACCCUAUAAAGAGAUUCAGACAUCUCUGGUGAGAUUUAACUCUUAACACUUGUUCUUCUUCCCUGCUUUUCUUUUUCCACUUUGAAUAUUAAUCAAUAUUUAUUUA